CUUUGUCUCUCUGUGUCUCUCUUUAAACUGUCCACAGAGAACUCGAUUCUAAACUUUGUGGAUUCUGGACUUGCUUUAGUUUUUGGAGUUCUUUUGUUUCUGGAGCCAUGGCCGAAGAUUUUGACCAGAGCUCUGCUUCUGAGAUAAUUAAAGAUCGUCUGUAUUUUACCACUCUGAGGAUCAAGCCAAAGAGUUCUACUUUCAUUCACUACUUCAGCUCAGAUGAGGAGUUUGUCUAUGAGAGCUUUUACUCAGACUUCGGGCCUCUGAACCUGGCCAUGCUUUACCGCUACUGCACCAAACUGCACAAGAAGCUCAAGUCGUUGACCAUGUCCAAGAAGAAGCUGGUGCACUUCACUUCCCAUGACCCAAAGAAGAGAGCCAACGCUGCUGUUCUGAUCGGGGCCUACGCUGUAAUUUACCUGAAAAGGGGUCCAGACGAGGCGUACAGGAGUCUGCUCAGUGGAAACUGCUCAGGAUUCAUCUGCUUCAGGGACGCUGGUGCGGGGGAGUGCUCCUUUAACCUGUCUGUGCUGGACUGUUUACAUGGAAUACACAAGGCUGUGCAGCAUGGUUUCCUGGACUUUGACAAGUUUAAGGUGGAGGAUUAUGAGCAUUAUGAGAGAGUGGAGAAUGGGGACCUGAACUGGAUCAUCCCGGGGAAACUCCUGGCCUUCAGCAGCCCACACCAGCGCAGCAAGAUGGACAAUGGUUAUCCAGUGCACGCUCCCGAGGCAUACUUCCCUUUCUUCAGGCAGCACGGGGUCACAGAUGUGGUGAGGCUCAACAAAAAGAUGUACGACGCUCGCAGGUUUGAUGGAGCCGGAUUCACUCAUCACGAUCUUUUCUUCCUGGAUGGCUCCACGCCCUCUGACCUCAUCAUGCGGAGGUUUCUGCAUGUGUGCGAGAGCGCCCCCGGAGCUGUGGCGGUGCACUGCAAAGCGGGCCUGGGCAGGACGGGCACUCUGAUUGGCUGUUACCUGAUGAAGCACUUCUGGUUCACGGCAGCGGAGGCUAUCGCGUGGAUCAGGAUCUGUCGGCCCGGCUCUGUGAUCGGACCCCAGCAGAACUUCCUCUUGAUGAAGCAGCAGAGCCUUUGGGUGCAGGGAGACGUGUUUCGCUCCAAACAGAAACUCCAGGAGCAGAGGCAGAUCAGGAAGCAACAACUGCAGCAGAGAAAAGACAACGCCUCCACCAAUCAGAAGCACCAACCGGAGACAAUGUCCCGCCUCCUCAAUGGCGUAGAGGACCUGUCAAUCAACAGCAACGGCCUCCAAAGGUCCUACAGCUACGAUGAGAACACAUGUGAGGACAGUGGCCUCUCUCAGGGGGACAGACUGUGUGCUCUGAAGGGGGGGCGCCCUCCUCGCUCCCUCUCCACCUCCUCCAGGCUGAACCUGUCCAAAGUGCCUCGAGGCUCUGCCCUCCUUCCAGUCAAACCUCCCCUGCCCUUCUCUGCAAAGACCGUCCGUCACCUGUCCUCCAAUCACAUCAAGAGUCCGUUCAGUCUGUUCAGCACUCGUCCGGCUCUUAUCUGCUUGAUCUCCUGGUUCUUCACGUUCAUGUGGAGCCUGGUCCGGAGGUCGGAUCUUUUACUGGGGCUUUGAGGAGGUCGAAGACUUGAUGGUCCUCACUAGGGUGGUCAAAAGCAUCGAAAAUCAGAAACUAGAUACUCAUUUGAGCAGGUAACGAUACAAAUAAAAAUGGCACAUUCACAGGAUAGAAAUGAAGCUUUCCUGAAGCUUUACAAUGAUCCUAAGCUGUAUCUGGGUAUUAUGAAAGAAAGUACUAUGAUUGUUGAAAAUGACAUAUUAUAGUCUAAAGUGUUUUUAUUAUCAUUGUGCUAUCAGAAUCAGUAUUGAGUCUGUUCCUUAGUAUCACAAUCAAGUCCUCACACUUUCUACAGAGGCCUAAAUGGACAAAAAUAGACAAGAAACUGCACCUCUAAAAGCUGGAGUCAGGAAGGAUCAGGCAUUUUACUAUAACAAAAAUGCAAUAAUAUUUUAUGGAGCAUCUGUGAACAAACUGAUUAACAUUAACAGAGUGCAGAAUAUUGACUGAUAAUGAAUAUACAAGAAUAGUUUUUUUUAAUGUAUAUUAGAAAUCAGAAAAAUUACUUGACAUUUUUCAGUUAAAUCUGUGUCUGCAUAAUUGUAAUUUAGCAAGUUCAACAUCAAAGUAAUAAG